CACAUACAUGCCAUUCCUUCCGUUGUGAACUCUGCUGGAAAGAAGAGUUUUUUGCAGAUGUGGUUCAGCAUGGACAGUUGAAACGGCAGGACACCACUCGGUACCAUAACUAAGUUUAUAGCAGAAUAUACAGUCGCGAUAGCAAGCGGUCGUAGUAAAUGGGCUGUGGAGAGUAACGAACAUCGCUCGAGCCGUCGUAAUACUUUCUUUAUCCAAUUUGUGAAUCGACUUCACUCUGUGCUCAAGGCUUCCGAACGCUAAGGAAAGAAAAUGCCUGUAGCAACUCUUCUACCUUUCACGGUGACCCCAAAUAGGAAGUCUGCCAGUCCAACCUCUUUUCGACUGACAGAAAAAUUCAUUUUGCUGUUAGUUUUCAGCGCUUGUAUCACGUUAUGUUUCGGGGCAAUCUUCUUCUUACCGGAUUCGUCAAAGCUGCUUAGCGGAGUUUUCUUCCGCUCGCCGUCGGUAGAAACCGCCACUCGAACAGGUAUGGAUAGUGGUUCUAGUAUCGGAACGGGAAAUGCUGAUAAAAUACUAGCUAAAAUUAGGAAAGACCACGAAGAUGCCUUAAUUGAAGCUAAAGAUACGCUUCAGAAACACCCUGAAGAUAUCAAGAAAGACAUCAAGAACGAUAAGGAGCAAGUUGUCCAAGGUCUAGUUAAAGGUGGCAAAGGUGACAGUCUAACGUUACCGAUUAUUGAAUAUGUUCGGCCACCCGGAGUAACAGGACACGAGCCAUCAGACCCGGAAACCAAAGAGAAAAGGGCGAAAAUAAAAGAGAUGAUGACGUUCGCCUGGGACAAUUACAAGCGCUACGCCUGGGGCUCCAACGAGCUCCGGCCCGUCUCCAAGCAAGGACACUCCAGCAAUUUGUUUGGGGGUCUGAAGGGGGCGACCAUCGUGGACGCCUUGGACACGCUUUACAUCAUGGAGAUGUACGACGAGUUUGAACUUGCUACCGAGUGGGUGGUGAAAAAUCUGGACUUUAACAUGAAUACAGAGAUCUCGGUGUUUGAAGUGAACAUUCGGUUUGUGGGAGGGCUGCUGUCGGCCUACUAUCUCUCCGGCAAAGAGGUGUUCAGGAAGAAAGCUGUGGAGUUAGGGGAGAAGCUGUUACCUGCAUUCAAGACCCCCACAGGCAUCCCCUGGGCCCUGCUCAACAUGAAGAGCGGUAUCGGCCGUAACUGGCCCUGGGCGUCAGGCGGCAGCAGCAUCUUGGCGGAGUACGGCACGCUGCACCUGGAGUUCAUGCACCUCAGCAAACUGUCUGGAAACCCCGCCUUCGCCGAGAAGGUCAUGAACAUCCGGAAGGUUCUCAACCGGCUGGAUAAGCCCUCGGGUCUGUACCCCAACUACCUGAACCCUAACAGUGGCCAGUGGGGCCAACAUCAUGUGUCGGUGGGAGGACUGGGAGACAGCUUCUAUGAGUAUCUGCUGAAGGCCUGGAUCAUGUCUGACAAAACGGACGAGGAGGGGAAGAAACUCUACUACGAUGCUCUCCAGGCCAUAGAGAAGAACCUGAUCCGUAAGUCCAGUGGCGGUCUGACCUACAUAGCGGAGUGGAAGGGAGGUCUCCUGGAGCACAAGAUGGGCCACCUGACGUGCUUCGCUGGGGGCAUGAUCGCGCUGGGCGCCGACGGAGCUCCAGACCAGCAGACAGGCCACCACAUGGAGCUGGCAGCCGAGAUCACCCGCACCUGCCACGAGUCCUACGCACGCACCAAUCUGAAGCUGGGUCCGGAGGCCUUCCGCUUUGAUGGGGGUGUGGAGGCCAUCGCCACGCGGCAGAAUGAGAAGUACUUCAUCCUGCGGCCGGAGGUCAUUGAGACCUACAUGUACAUGUGGAGGUUCACCCACGACCCCAAAUACAGGGAGUGGGGCUGGGAGGCUGUGCAGGCUCUGGAGAAGCACUGUAGGGUGGAGGGGGGCUACAGUGGUGUGAGAGACGUCUACGGCACCAGCCCCAACCAUGAUGACGUGCAGCAGAGCUUCUACCUGGCAGAGACGCUCAAGUACUUAUAUCUUUUGUUCUCAGAGGACGACCACCUGCCAUUGGAGCACUGGGUGUUCAACACCGAAGCCCACCCUCUUCCCGUCAUCAAGAUGGAGCCCAACAGCAACCAGGCCAACGAGGUGGAGUAACCCCACCCACGGCCUCUGAACUCUGACCUUUCACCCAAGAUGGACCUCAGUAACACCUCCCUGGGACACCUCUUUCGGUGGGUGGAGGGGGGUCAGGGUUGCUGUGACCCACACCCUCCCUUUUCCUAUUUGGAUCGAAGAUCUGUGACGUCCCACAGGACAGGAUGAUUGGGGUUCUGUCCCCCAGAGUGUGUCUGUAAUCCCACUGAAGCGUUUUUGGGCCCCCACUUCCAACCUCUAAAAUCAGCCCCUUCCCCAAAGACCCACCUUGACAUCCACCCUGACUCUGUGGGUGUGGAGGCUCUGUGUUUCAGUCGGCGUCUGUCUCUGGAGGUCUGCAUGCUGCCCUUCUCCCCCCGCCCCCCCAAAUGCCCCCUGCCUCUGCCCCUGCCCUAACCCAAACCUUGCCCCACGCCAUUCCGUCCGCCACAGCCCUUCUUCCCCACGCGUCGACCAAGUCCUGAAUCUGGGCCUCGUUUUGGAAGAGGUCCGAGAACUCUCUGUACACAGUACCUCCUCUGUGAGGAGACCUUGGGGGCUGUUAUUCCCUUUGCUUCAUGUCACACACAUACACACACACACACACACACCACACACACACACACACACACACACACACACACACAUACACACACACACACACACACACACACACACACACUUUCUGUUUGUUUGUGUAAGCCAUACUGGAUUCAAGACUGCUAUAUCAUUUGCGGUGUUUGUUUGGUUGCAGUUUUGGAGUUCCCUCUCUGUGUUCUCUGAAAGGUGGGGGUGGGUCUUUGUUUGUAUGUUUGGAUUGAGUUCAUCAGCUUGACCUUUCACGGUCCCAGCUUUCCUUGGGUUCCAAUAUGUUAGCUUUCUAAAAGCUACUUAUGAGACUCUCUGAGGACUUCGCUUUGGACAGACUUGUCAGACUUACGGUUUUUUCCUUUCUUCAACCCCAGCUCUGUAGUGAUCUCCAGUCAAAUAGUGCCUUUGUUAUCUUAACUGAUGUGCAGGCAUUUGGAAAAUGUGUUUAAAAUGCUAAUUUAUUUAUUCACAGCAAAAAUAACUGGGUUUCGCUUGUGUUUUCAUUGUUGUGAGAUUUUUGUUGUUUGUUUAUCAGUUUGUUUCUGAACAGAGGAUGUGAUUAUUUGGCACUCUGCCGGUCCUAGUGACAUUUGGUGUUGGCACGGUCACCUGCAAGGGAGUUCUAGAAGAGUUCGCACACAUGGGGUCCCAUCUCUUUCUUUCAUUCCAUCUCUCGCUCUCAGAAAUGUGGACAUGUUUACAAAUCCUUCCUUUCCUCUGAGAUUAUGGUUGGGAUGGGCAGGGGCACAAUAAAGACUGAACCACUUGUAUCAACAUACCAUUGAAGUCCUUUGUCUCAACAAACAGCAGCAUCUCUCUGGGCUUCCGUAGUUUUUCCUCUAGCGAGCUAAUCACUUCUUCCUCUCAUUGUUGCACAAUAGAGGGGGAGAGGGAGGGAGAGAUAGAGAGAGAGAGAGAAAGAACUCUGAAGUUCCUUGUUUUGCUUUUGUUUGUUUAUCUCGCAGUGGCUAGACAGGGACAUUCAUCAACCUGAAGCUUUUGUAAAAAAAAAAAAAAAAAAUGCAUUAAUUCAAGCUUAAUUUAUUUUGUCGUGAUAUGAUCAUAUGAAAGUUGUUUUCUUCGCAGUGUCUGGGAGUAGGUUUGGGGAGGUUAUACUCAUGCUUGGCACUACACUGAAGUUGUUGUCUGUGAUUUUUUUUUUUUUCUUCUUCUUCUUUUUAUUUCUUUUUUUUUGUUUUGUUACUUCUGGCAGUGGAGGUGAAAUGGUUGAGCAGACGAGCCGUAGCCCACCCAGAUAGCCAGUAAAAGCUCAAGUCAACGGGAGUAAAUAAGAUGAAUGAAUGUACCACCAAAUGUGAAAUGGAAGUAAUUUUGCCUUGUGAUGUUUUUUUUUUGUUUUUUUGGGUCUUCGGUUCUACUUUUUACUUUCUCUUCUCUUCAUUUGGUUGUUUUUUGUUUUGUUUUCCAAAGUACUUUUUGUCCUGCUAAGCACAACUUAAUGAAAACUUCUGCCCUGGUAUUCCAUGGAGGGAGAAAAUAAACGAAUAAAUGAGGUGAUAUG